UCCUCCCCUUUUUCCUUCGGCUUAACACUCCAGCCUGAUUUAAAAAAAAGUUUUUAGGAACUCAACAUGUGAAAUUUCCAAGCUGUAAAGACCGUCACGGGACUUUUAAUUUUAAAGAUAGAAUGUUGGAAACGAAGCCAAGAGAAGGGCCCACGCUCGAUUCAAUCACGGGCCAAAGUGACUCUACUCAUUUUUUAAAAAUUUUCUUCUUCUCAAGUCCGCAACAUCACUUCUGGCACACGUCCUCGGCUUUUUGGCAUUUGCCCAGGCCGAUUCUCCUGGGCUGGCCUGCCUUCUUGGAAGAAAACUCCGCCCGCCUCACGAACGGGAGCCGCCCCUCAGGAAAAGCGGCCGUUGAGCAGCCCCCACAGGACCCCGCCUCGCGCCAGGCGGGAAAAAAAGCAGAAGGCAGAACAUGGCGGCUCCCCUUUUCGCCUCGACCCCCCUCCUUCCUUCCGGGCUGUGCGCCUGCGCAGUGUCGAGCGCCAAGGCCCGUAUCCCUCCGCCAGUCCCCCCUCCUUUUGUCAGGGCCCAUUCGUGCCAUAAAAUAAUCCCCGGCCCCCAAUGAGGCCUAGGAGCCCCCUUCAGCCCGCAGCUCCGGGGGCGCCCCGUUUCUCCAGGCGGGAGGGGAAGAGCCCCGCCGCGCGGGCCCCUCGCCCGCCUCCCCUUCCCUCCCCGCGCUCGCGCCGCCGCCUCUCCUUCCUUCCUCGCGCCUCACCCACGGAGGAGCGGCCGCCGUGUCCUUCCGCCGGGCGCGAGCGGGGACUUUUUCGUGGGGCUUUUGGGCGCCUAUGAGAAGCGGCGGCGGCCUUGGGCGCCCCUGCUCGUCGUUCUCGCGGGCGGCGGCGGCAGCCGGGCGUGGGCAGCACGGUAAGGGAGCCUCCUCGCCUGCUCCUCUCUUCCUUCCCCCACCUCCCAUGGCCGGGCCGGCCAAGCUUUUCCAGAUGUCCCUGGUAGAUUUGGGGAAGAAGCUUUUAGAAGCUGCACGAGCAGGGCAAGAUGACGAAGUUCGCAUUUUGAUGGCAAAUGGCGCACCUUUUACCACAGACUGGUUGGGGACAUCUCCGCUUCAUUUAGCAGCACAGUAUGGGCACUAUUCAACCACUGAAGUGUUGCUUCGAGCAGGUGUGAGUCGGGAUGCCAGGACCAAAGUGGACAGGACUCCACUGCAUAUGGCUGCUUCCGAAGGCCAUGCAAGCAUCGUAGAAGUUUUACUGAAGCACGGUGCUGACGUAAACGCAAAGGACAUGCUGAAGAUGACGGCUCUUCAUUGGGCGACAGAACACAAUCAUCAGGAGGUAGUGGAACUCUUAAUAAAAUAUGGAGCAGACGUCCACACGCAAAGUAAAUUUUGCAAAACGGCAUUAGACAUUGCUAUAGACAAUGGAUAUGAAGACCUCGCGGAAAUAUUGCAGAUUGCAAUGCAGAACCAAAUCAACACAAACCCUGAAAGUCCCGACACUGUGACAAUACAUGCUGCAACACCGCAGUUCAUCAUUGGACCUGGCGGGGUGGUGAACCUAACAGGUCUAGUAUCUUUCGCAAAUACAUCAAAUGCAACAGAUGAAACAGGAGUAUCUGCUGUCCAGUUUGGUAAUUCCUCAACUUCAGUACUGGCGACUUUGGCUGCCUUAGCAGAAGCUUCAGCUCCCCUGUCCAAUUCAUCAGAAACACCAGUUGUGGCUACAGAAGAAGUUGUGACUGCAGAAUCUGUGGAUGGUGCAAUUCAGCAAGUUGUCAGCUCUGGCGGUCAGCAGGUUAUUACCAUAGUAACAGACGGCAUUCAGCUUGGAAACCUCCAUUCCAUUCCUACUAGUGGAAUGGGCCAGCCUAUUAUUGUGACCAUGCCAGAUGGACAGCAAGUACUUACAGUACCGGCAACAGACAUUGCUGAAGAAACGGUCAUCAGUGAAGAGCCACCCGUCAAGAGGCAGUGCAUUGAGAUAGUUGAAAAUCGGGUGGAGUCGGCAGAAAUAGAAGAAAGAGAAACUUUGCAGAAACAGCUGGAUGAGGCCAACCGAGAAGCCCAGAAGUACCGCCAACAGCUUCUAAAGAAAGAGCAGGAGGCAGAGGCCUACCGGCAGAAGUUAGAGGCAAUGACCCGUCUCCAAACUAGCAAAGAAGCUGUUUGAAUGGUUUGAAGCAAGAAUUCUGUAAAGCCAGUUAAGAAAACCACCGUACAAUCUGGACUUCCAUGCCGCCCAGGCACAGACCUGAGAUGAUAUGCUAGAGAAGAUGCUACAGGUUUGAAACUGGACUUAAGCCAUGAGCUCUGGUGAAUUUCUUGUAUCAUAAAAAAGAAUCCUCAGAAUUUAGACAUUUUGUGCAAAGAUAUUUAAAAAGAAAUACUGUAAAUAGUUGUUUUUUUACAGUUCCAAAAUUAGUUGCUUAAUCUUUUUGAAGAGAUCCACAAACGCGCAAAGCCAAUGUUUUUGUGGCAUGUUUUGAUUUUAGUACAAAACUGCUGAAAUACAGAACAGUUUUAAGGGUGAUAACAGUUGAUUUAAACUGACAGCGUGAAAAUGAAUUAUGUGACAGAAUCAAUUCUGGAAGCUAGCAACUUAGACCUCUGAGUAAAUACAUUUCCUGAUGGAAACCCAUUGUACAGCUUUAAGUAGUUGUCCGAGUCUCCGAAAACCUGUUUCUUUUUGUGUGUUUUUGUUUUUUUUAGAAAAGUGUAAUUUUUUAUAUUUAAUUUCUGAUAUAUUCAAGUAGAUUGACAUGUAUAUGAAGCUGAUAUUUUUUAAACUUUUCAGUUUGUACAUAUGCUGCAUGUUUUUAUAAUUUUCAUACACAUCUUACAUACGUAUUUUUCAGGAAAGAGGAGGGGAAAUUAUGAGAAAAAAUGUUUAACCUAUAGGUCACUUUUCGGGUAGGGUGGGGCGGGCGGAUAGGAGCAAGCCAGUGGAUCAUAGUUGAGUUUUUAUUUCUUAAUUGGGCAUGGCAUUUCUUGGAGGAAUGUAACUUGAGCAAAGUUUAAACAGCCAAAACCAGGAUUGAUGUACUAUAUGAAUUGUUUGAAACAAUUCCAGCUGGAGCAUGAAAUCACCUUUCUGAUAUGUCUAAUAAAUCUGUGCCACAGUCCAGUGAGUGGAAAUCUAGGUCCAGGGUCUCUUAAUUUACCCUCCCCUAAAAUACCCCUUUUGCCAAGCCAGAUAUGCCACCACUUAACAACAGGCUGUUUACUUCUAACAGCAUUGUAAACCAGAUGGGAUGCAAUGAACCCCAAAGGACAAUAGACCAUGAUCUUGGGGGACGGGGGGAAGAAACGUUCCUGGAUGGCAUCACACAUCCUCCAGCAGCCUGUAAGUGGGCCGUGUGUUGGUAAAAUGUUAGCAGCUGAGAACACACAUCCCGCAUUGGCAUGACAUCUGAACCAGUGUUCCCUGUAAUGGAAUGUACACUCUCAGUUGCUGACAUUUUACCAGCACGUUUCCAGCUUACAGAUUUGCUGGUGUCCAUGUGAAGGCUGUUGGAAACCUAUCGGCAAAUGACAAGGAGCUGUGCAUUAAGUGCACUUACUGGUCUAAAGCAGAUAUGAAUGAGUCAAUCGCAUAAAACAAUUGACGAUACCUAUGCAUGCAUUCAGUAUAUCGGGUAUACCACAAAGAUUGCACAAAUGAUGGGAAAGGGUGAAGAAACUACAUGACAAGAAAGCGUCCAGAUUUAUAUAACUUGGCAUAUAACAGAUUCACGUCUCUGCUUAAAAAGCAAGGCACAGGUGUUCAUUUUUUCAAAGUGAACGGGGAGAUGAGGUUAAGUGGAAGCCAGAGAGAGAGCCACUCUGUACCUGGGUCUCUCCUUAUGGGAUUGUGGUCCUCAUGGACUAACAGUACCCUGAUUGCCUGAACAUCUGGUUCAGUCUUCUUCAGCAAGCUCUACUGAAGUGGACAGGAAUCAUAUGGGGUUCUGAGCCACUCUCAUCCAGCUGAAGCACAGGUGAGGUUCCACCCUUGCAUUUACUCCUGCUUCACUCCUCCUGUGAUCUCCACCCCUGUUCACUUCAGUGGAGUUGCAGAGGGCGGUGGGGGGGCAUGCUUUAUUUUUAACGUUUUAAUGUUUGUGACCAUUGACUCCAUACAGCAGCUUUCUCCACAAGACAAAACGAAAUCGACAUGGCCCUCAUCAUGAAUCCUAGGAAUAGAUUACUGCAUUUAAAAUAAGCAACCCAACAGCAACCCUUUGGGUUUGUUUGCUGGGUUGAAUCUGUCCGUUGUUUCUUAAUACUCUGACCGUGUUUUGGUUUCUGCAGUAAUCCAAAAUACCACACUUGGGAAUUUCCAGCAUAUAAUGCUUUAGGUCUUAAGUGUUGUGAUAGCAGUGAAUAGGAGGGCAAUGCUAAAAGCAAUCAAAUGUAUGAGAAGUUCCCAAUGGACAGAAAUAGUAGAGCUGUUCUCACAACCAUUACUAGGGUAGGGGAAACCUCCUCCUAUUCCGGAGCUGGGUGGUGCGUUCCUGGGUUUUGAUAGCCUGUGCGGGGAAAACAAGGUUCAAGGUCGUGUGGUAAAGAACAGCUGAGUAGCAAGAUUUUUCCUCCUACCUUAUUGAGCAGCUGGCUACAGCAAACCUCUGACCCAGCUGCUGCUCACCACAUAAUCACAGAAGGAGCCCCCGACUUUGGUUUUCCUUUGCAGACGAUCAGAAAACGGGAGUUGCGCCCAGAUCGUGAACUCGAAAAGGAGGCUUCUCUUUCCCUAGUAAUGGUCGCGAGAACAGCUCCAGUGUGUGUGAGGAUUGGGAGGCCAAUCUUUAGCACCCCCCUAGGCAGUAGGUAGGGUUAGUCAGUACUAACUGGGAUUAGUGGUGAAACCGAUGGGACUGAAUGAGAGCCUCAAAACCCACACCUGGUUGACGCAUGCAGGAGAAUGAGGUGGUAAAAGGAAUGGGGCCACUUCCAGUGGGAGGCGCCAUUUCUGAAUGCUUCCACAUGUUUUUUUGGUGGUUUUUUUUAAAAAAAAAAUCUCCCUGCAGGAAGAAAACUAGCAGGAUAGCAAAAAUGGUUCUAGCCCAGCCUUCUCCCUGAUGUGCUAGUUUCUACUUGCAGGGAGGGCUUUGUUAGUUAGUUUGUUUGGCAGUAUUCAGAAGUGUGAUUUUGCCCCCAUCUGCAUUCUCCAGUGGUACAGUCCUUUAUCAUCUGAUUCUGCUGCAAAUGUAAACCAGCCAUAGUGGCUGGACCAAGCAUAAAAUCCAGUCAUUUGUGGCUUCUAGACCUUCACUUAGACCACACUGCCUUAAAAAUUUAUUGAGUGCUGUACUGCAUUACACUUCAAACUACUGUGCAGCUCCUUUAUUUAAAAGUUAUACCUUGUCUUUGAUUUGUGCUUUGCCGUGUCUAUGUUUCAGUGCUUUUAUGAAAAUGUAUAACUUUAUAAAUUCUCAAGAUUACCUAUUCAAAAUAAUUGCCCUUAAAACUGUACUCUGGCCUACUUUUCUAUUUACAAUUAAAUAUCUUUUCCACA